AAUAAUACAUAACAAUGUAUAUAUAUAUAUAUUAUAUUCAUUUAUAUAUAUAUAUAUGUAAUAAUAUUUUAUUAUGUAUGUAUUUUCAUUUUCAUUUGUUUUUUAUCCUGUUUUAUUUAAUGAAAUGGGAUUGGAGUGUUAAGGGUUAGUAAAUAAGAAUUACUUUGCGAUUGAAAACUAUGUACGUACUGUUUACGUAAAUAAUAUGUGAUUAUAAGUGAAUUUUCCGUGAAAACGUCUUAUCGUAGAUAAUUAACAUUUGUCUUUUCUGUUUCUUAAGUAUCGCGUUUGGUGCCAUUACAAUAUUAACUAUGUAGUACAAUAAUAAAAUGAAUAUGACUGUGAAAUUUUUAAAUAUAUAAUAUUGUGAAACAUUUGACCGUUGACGCGUAAAAGUCUGAUUGAAUUUUAAAGUUGUAUAUGUAGUCAUCUAAAAAUUUACAUGUAAUAUAAAUAUGGUUUGGUCUUAGAAAAUGAUGUAGGAUUCACUGACCUUACAAAUGGGCCUUUUCAAAGAAUGAUGUGAUAUUAAAAGAUGGCAACUAAAAGACAGAUUUCUUCAAAUCAGUCCAGUGAAUCUGCUUUCCAACAGAAACCUAAGUUUUCUUCUUGUUGGUGUGGAGGUGGGACAUAUUUAGGAAACAUUCGAGCACUAGUGGUUAAUGAAUGCCAUAAAUCAGAAAAAUGUUUAAAAACUCAAAACAAAAGAAUAGUUUAUUUAUCAAAAACUUAUUUUAACAAACUAAAGGUUUUUGAAUCAGUAGCUAGAGAUAUGGUUAAAAAAUAUGAAGAUAGAGUAUUAGGACUGCUAUCUACAUGGGAAAAUUGUCGCUGUAUAUUUUCAAAUGAUCCUUGUAUUGGUACUGAUGUUUUCAUGAGACAAGCAACACUUGAAUCAGCUUCUUUAGUGCUGGAACCUCAGUGGGAGUUUAUUACCAUAGAUACAAAAAACGAUUUUUUAAUAGUACUAGGACAAAUAUUAUACAGUUUACAAAUAACAAAUUGUCAACAAGAUGCAAUUAAAAGUUGUCAAUGGUUGAUGACUACUAUUAAUAAUCCAUGGAGCAAUAAUGGCUUACAGAAAUUAUUGCAUGUUAAUCCUUCUCUUGAAGAAGUUGUACAAUAUUUCAACUUUGAAAAUACUGGACUGUUUGCUUUACGUUUGAGGAUGCUCUGUGAGUCAAAAUGUGAAAAUCAAGCUUUAAAAUUAUCAUCUUUAGCAAUGAAGUUGUAUAACAGUCAACCAUUAUACAAAUCUUUAUUUGGUCAAACUGAUAUAGAGUUCAUUAGAGAUAUUUAUUUUGCAUGUCUUCAUAGGGCAAAUAAAAAGGAAGAGCUUAUCAACCAACUAAAACAAUUUACACCUAAAGAUGAUGGAAAAAACCUUAUGGAUAGAUAUACUAAAAAAAUUAAAUCAUUUCUACAUUUUCGGCAAGAAGCUCACAAACAACCUAGGAUAUGUAAGCAUCAAAUUGUUGUUUGUGAGAUAGCAGCAUGUAUUUUGGUGGCAACAUCUCUGACCCAUUCAAAGUAUCUAGAUGACUUCACAAUACUUAUAAAUAACUGGAGCACAAUAUUUUCUAUACUAUUAAAAUCAAAGUUUAAAACCGAGUUAAAUAAUAUAACAUUAUGUGACAUGAUUCGUAAUUUUAUCAACUUGGCUCCAACUGCAAAUCAUAUUUACAUUAUGUGUGAAAAACUAAAACAAAAAUUUGGUUCCUUGUUACCUCUGUCAUUUUAUGUUGAAAUUCAUGUGAGAGCAUUAGCAGCCAAUAUUAAUGAAAAAGAAAAAUACAAGCAAAGUAACAAUAAAGAAAAAGCAUUUGAAUCUUUGAAAAAUCUAGUCCAAGGUUAUUUAAAAUUAGCCAAUUUACUUGAAAAUGAUUUUUUUUUGUGCCGUGAAUGUAUUUUAACUGCAUAUUCAUUAAUGCCUUCAAAUGACCUUUUGGCUAGGAUUGAAAAAAUAGCUAUUUUAAGUGGUAAAAAGUUCUCAGAACAUCAAAUUAAUGUUCCUGAAAAUACCUGUGAUAAAGAUGAAAAGGGAUCAUACUUAAACCCUAAACACAAUUAUUACACAUUUGGUUUUAGUAAUACAAAUUCUAAAAUCAUUGAGGCUGAUAAUUCAAAAAUGGUAAAUUGUGAACUCAAUAAUGGUGAUUUGAGGAAAUCUUGCUCAGUAACGUUAUCACAACCUCUUUACAAUGAUUUAAUAGGAGUUAUUAACAAUCCUCGCUAUGAAUCAUUUAAUUGGAGUUUAGAGUGGUUAGAGUUAAAGUUAUUGUGUAAUCAGUAUUUAGAAGAUUUAGAUUUAGUAUUACAACGUAGUACAGAGUACCCUAAUUUAACUUUUUUGAAAUUCAAAACUAACAGUUCGGAUUGUUCUAAAACAAAAAAUAAAAAACAGGAUGACAUUGAAAAAGGUUACUUUUUUACUAGUGAAAAUUCUAGUGAUGAUUUGGAGUCUGUUACCUCAUCUAGUUCUACAUUUAACCUAUAUUUUAAUGUAGAUGUUGAUAAGCAAUUAGAUGUAUUUACUAGAAAUCGCCGAAAUUUAAGAAUUUCCAGAAAUUAUGAGGAAACUGAUGAUUCAGCAGUUGAUUCUUUACUCAAUGAAGAUGCUCUUAAUAAAAACAAGCUUUCUGAUUUUGAGCGUGAUGAUUCUUUAGAUUCUCUUUUGGAGGAAAAAAUUAAUUUAAAUAAUAAAAAAGUUGAUAAACAAAAACCUACUAAAAGAGCAAAGAAAGAAAAAAGAAGCAGGGAUAAGAAUAAAAGUAAAGAUUUUAUUUAUUCUUGGUGUUCAGGAAAAGGCAAUAGAAGUAAAAAUAAACAUUCUUUAGUAAAAGAUGCUUUGGAAAAUAGUAGUGUAGAUUCAAUAAAACAUAUUUUUAAUACUGUCAAUAAUAAACAAUUUGAUGAUAAAUUAAAAAUGCACAAUACAAAAAACAAAAGUAUUGAUCACUCAAAAAAAAAGUAUUUGAAUAUGUUAUCUAAUAGGAUACCUCACCUUAAUUCAUUAGAUUACAUUAUGCCUUCAAAUACUAAUCAUAUUGUAAAUGUUGUACAAAUACAAACUUCUGCGAAUAGCUUUUCAAAUGUACAACAAAAUGAAUCUAUUUCAAAUCCUCAACUAAAUAAUGAGACUGAAAAGGCAGAAAAUAAUGAUAGCCAAACUGAAACCCAUUCCCCAAAUAAUUUUAGUUCUAUAACGGAAUCAAAAUCUAAUCCUAAAGUAACUGAUGAUGAAGGAGAGACUAGUUUUAAUAGUAUUAAAACAGAAAACAGUUCAGCUCAAUUUGAAAUAGAGAAAUCCGCUGAUACAAACAGUUUAAAACCAAUGUAUAAAACAAAUAAUUUACAAACAUCUAGUCGGAACAAUACUGAACUACAAAUUUCUAAUCAGCGGUCUUCUGUUGAAAAUACUACCCAUUUAUCAACAUUAGAUGUCCCAAACGUAUCAAAUUCUGCUAUUCAAUCAACAGGGCAAGUCAAUAAUUCAUCUAAAAAAACAAUAUAUUGUUUAAAAGCUGUUGAUCGUUUUGUUGAUCUGUCAUUGCCAACAACAAUCUCUUCUCUUCCUGGUAAUAAAAAUUACAAUAUGGCUGUCACUGGAUGUGUAUCACCAAUUAAAAUACAAAAAAAUAUAUCUGUACAAACAUCUACUGCAGCAUCACAUAGUGGUCUUUCAUCAUCAAAUAUUCAAUCUCAGUUGUUUACAAAUUUAUCAAUUAACAAGGCCGAAAAUUUAGAAAUUAGCAACCCAUCUACUUGUGUAAAACAAAGUAAACCAAGUGUAUCAACUCUAAAUCCUGUGUCUAAUAUUCAAACCCAACCUUGUGCUCAACAAAUAUGUUCUACAAAUACAGUUUCUAGUCCUAAUACUUCAGUAAUAUCUUUAAUGAUAACAUCAACUCAAAGUCAAGUUUUAAAAGCAAACAAAUCUUUAUAUGUUGUUUCCACUCAAAACCAAGAAGUACAAUCACCUGAUAAAAAUCAGAGUUUUCAAAUUAAAGUUUCUGAUGAGCAAAAGAAGAAUGACAAUAUGAAAUUGAUUAGUCAGACUUUUACUGCUACCUCUGAAGCAAUACAAUUUGUCACUAGUAAUUCGGAGUCCCAAAGACUUCUUCAAUGCAUGGAAAAAAACAACCAAUCUAAUUUUACAAACUCACAAAAUUCCACCGAAAAUUCAUCAAAAGUAACUCAAGAAAAAGAAAUUACUCCUUUAUUAAAUAAUAAACGUGGUAAUAUGAAGACUUAUGAAAGUAAAACUAAAGCACUUAAACAAGCUAAUAUGUCUGAUAUGCUAAUCUUUGAAAAAGGAACAUUGUAUGCUGCUCAAGAUGAGAGUACUGGACAAGUAAAUACUGCUAAGUCUACCAUUUCUACUAAAUUAAAUAAUUUUUCUAUUAAAACUCAAAAUAAGUUCCAAAAAGAUAACAUGGAAAGACCAAAACUUUCUCCCAAUGCUUCUCCAAAUGUUACUAUUACAGGAUCUAUGCUUCCAAGAUUCCAACAAGUUUUUGGAAAAACAAAAUACCAAGGUCCAUCAAACAUUACUGAUAAUUCAACAUUGUGUGUUACCAAUAUUCAAAAUAGUCCAUCAUCAAGUCCAGUAUUAGUAGUCAAUAAAGUCCAAACAAGUGCUCCACGUGUGUAUUCAUCUUCUAAAGGAGUACAAACUAAUCGAGAAUCUGAACAAUGUUCCACUGGUAAUAUAACUGGAAAAAUAGUGGAAAGUAAAAUACAACAUGUUAAUGUAACCAAGCCCAAUAACAUUUUGACUGUUGGAAAUAACAAAAGUAAUGUUAUAAUGGCUUGUAAAACUAGUUCACCUUUAAAAAAUAUACUUCAGCAAUGUUCAUCUAAUCAUCAACUUCAUACUGCUGUUAUAGACUCUAAUACUGUGAUGAAAAAAGAAAAUACAGCCACAUCUGUUACAAAAGUUAUUACUUCAUUUGCAACUACCAGCACCAAUUCAUCAGUAGAAUCCCUUACUCCAAAUGUUGUGUACACAAUACCUAUCCAAAGUGGUGAUUUAAAAGCUAAUCCAACUUUAGUGAAGCCUGUACAGGGGUUUACUCAGGUACAAAGACAAUUGAAAGUAUCUCCAUCUUUAAUUCAAAGUGUAGUAUUGCGCAAACAUCCUAAUUUUCAACAAAAUUUCAUUCGUCAAAAUAAGCAAAAUAUUGAAGUUCAAACUAUAUCAAGUACUGAAAGAUUAAUAAGUGUUCCAAAUGUAGUAAAAACCACUACAAUAGACUCUACAAAUGAUAAAAGUGUAGGAAAUUCACCUAAUAAAACUAAUGUUACUGAAGAGACCAUGGAACAAGUUAGAGAAUUUGAAUCUGUAUUAGAAGAAGUGCGAAAAAAGUCACUAAUGAAUGAAAUGAAUACUGGUAAUAUGAUACCACAAAUAAACCAUGAAUUAUUGCAUUCUCCUACAGAAAAUGUUGACUUGAUAACUACAGAAAAUAAUCAGACAAUUUUCUCUUCAAAUAAAAAAAAUAGUGGUAAUAACCAGAGAGAUUUUUGUACUUUUUCAUUUCUUAAUCAAACAUUAUCAAAUAAUUUAAGUACUAAUGAUGAUAAAGAUUCUACUGUUAAAACCACGCCGAUAAUUGUAGUUCGUAGUGUUACUCCCACUACAAUAGUAUCACCAAAUAAUAACACAAAUCUGAAACCAAUUGAUGGAUCUUCACAAUGCUCUAAACUAAUUACAUCAAAGUCUAAGCCCAUCAUCAAAACAUCUAAUAAUUCACCAUCUACUUCAUCUGUUAAAGUUCCAGUAUUACAAAAACCAAUGCCUAAGUUACAAGAAGAUGAACAAACAACUCAACGAAUUUACGCUAUAUUAGAUAAAUAUGCUGAGCAGUUACGUAAUUCUCCAGAGUUAAAAAAUAAACCAGCACCUAGACGUAGAACUAAUCCUCCAACUAAUCCUAGUCCUAAUGCAAAACGUAAAAAAACCAGUCAGUUAAAUUUGAAAACUUGCUCUCAACAAACCUCAUGCUCAUCAUCUGGUAUGGAAAUGAGUCCAACUUCAGAACAAGCCCUUGAUAGUGAAGAUAGUUCUAAUGCUGUUAGUCAGUUUUCACAUAUUGUGGAAUCUCCCUCUAGAAAUUCAGAAGAUCAAAAUACUUCAUCAGUUGUCUCAGAAUCCUCAUUAAUUGAAAAUUCAUUAGUAAAUGAAAGUUCUAAACUAAUAAAUGUUGAUACUGAUUCAAAACAAAAAGUAUCUCAAGCUACUCAAAUAGUUGUCAGUGGAACUUCUGGACCUUUUUUAUCAAUACCUGAGGGCAGUGCAGGGAAUGUUAGACUUCUUGUCGCAUCUGGAAAAAAUGCAAAAAUGUAUCGUUUACAUUGUCCUUUAGCAGUUGGUCAUGGAAGCCCUGUACUUUUUCAUCAAAUUACUACUAAAGAUGCUAGUUCUAAUGAUAUUAAAAUUACUGCAGCUAAUGUGUUAGGACAAAAUCUCAAUGAAUCUACAUUAUUAUCAGCAUUAACUAGUGAUAAUGCACAAUCUGCGAAAUCUAUUAACAACGAACUAUUUUUAAACACUUUACAGAAUUCUAAUCAUAAAAUAAGUAAAUCAAUUGAUAUAACUUCAACUCUUCUAUCAGAUAAAAAUCAAAUAAAUAUUGAUUCAGAUAAACAUUUAUCAUUUCCAGUCAUAAAGAAAAGUCAAGCAUCACAAAGCUCUUUUGGUGUAAUACAUGCUCUUCAGUCUAAAACUAAACCUGAACAAAUUGAUAAUUUAAUUCGAUCAGAAACUCAAAACACAAUUAAUAGUAUUGGAAAUGUUGUUAAUAAGACAAUUUCUAUUAGUAAUCAAUCUCUGGUUAGUUCUAAUAAUCAAGAAACUGUUGUCAAAGAAGAAUUAAAAAUGUCAGCAUUUCAUUCAUCUGAAGCUAACACCUCUACUAGUAUUGUAUUAAAAGAUGUUAAAUUUUCAACAUUUCAUUCUCAAGAAAUGAAAAAAUUAAACAAUUGUGAAACAUCCAGUUCAUCUAAUAUUAAAAAAUUAAUGGAUCAAAGUCAAAGUAAAGUUGAAAAUUCAUUGACUAAACUUGAACCAUCUGAAUGUUUUAAUAAUGAAAACAAUACUACUAAAAUAGGUAAUUUGUGUAUUAAAAAUGGCGAUGAAAGUUUAAGAAAUAAAGAGUUAAUUAAUAAUGAAAAAAGUGUUUCAAAAUCAUUGCAUAUAAUUAAAAAAGAAAAUGGAAGUGAAACUAAUAUUGAUCAAAUAAAUGCUGCUGCUGCUGCUGCUGCAAAAAUAAUUUCAACUGCUAAUCAAUCUACUGAUUCGUAUAAACAUAAAGAAGAAAUAGUAUCUUCUAAAUCUAUUAAAGAAGAAACUCACUCCCUACAAGAGAAUGCCAAUGAGAAGUGCUUAAGCAAUACAGUUUAUGAUGUUUUAAAUAAUCAAUCUGUUAAUAUUAAUACAAAAAUAGGAUCGUUAACUUUCUGUUUAACAAAUGAUCGAUCAGCUGAAAAUUGGAAUAAUUGUUUAUCAAAAAUAAUGCCUCCUGGAACAGAAAAAAUAUUGGAAGGUGAUAACUUAAAAAAAUUACAAAGUUUGUUUCUAAAUGCAAAAAUUAAAACAUUUAAAGAUUUAAAAAAUUUCAUUCUUGAACAAUGCAAAAAAUUUGAUAAUAAUAUUGAGCCUACCAAAGAAUAUGAUUUGUAUGACGACAUUGAUGAUUUAGGAUUUGAUAAGCCUAGUGCAAGUGAACUAUUUCCUGAUGUUGCCAUCUUAAAUGAUUUAGACAAAUCAGUUAGUCCAACUUACAAUUUACUUCAAGCGACAACAUCAAAAUCAAAUGAUCUUAACAUUUCUCAAACAAAGCGCAAAUCUGUUUUAUCACAUACUACUAAUUCAAAUAUGUGCACUACAGAUAAUCAUCUGGUAGUGAACAAUGGAGGUAAGAAAAGCAAACCAAAAGUUAGCUUUUUAAAGCAAGCUUUAUACAAUGAAAUGAAUCAAGAUUCUAAUGACUAUGAAACAAAACCAUCUUUAAAUGGUAAUAAACUUAAAAUAGAAAUGACAGAACAUAAUGAUCUGUGUCCAGAAUCACCAUCUAAUAUAAAUAUUGCUGACUCUGAAACUUGUAUGUCUGAAGAUAGUUCAUCAACAAUAAGUAGUGGUACACCACAUUAUAACUUUCGUAAAAGUAAACGUAAAAAUCUUGAACAAGAUGGUUUCAUUGAAUCUCAAGUAAUCAAACGAAUGUAUAGAGGUCGUAUUUCAGAAGAUGCUAAUGAACCAAAAACAGAACCUCAGAAAAAUGGUAACAUAAAUAAAUUACAAAGUACUGAACAAAAAUUAUCAAGUGAAAAAAUAGAAAGUAGGAGAAUCUCUAAUCGUCUUAAGAACAGUAAUACUAAAAAUAUUACCUCAAGUAAAUCUCCACAAUCAGACAAUUCUCCUCGUAAAUUGAUUACAACAACUAGAUCUUCUCAGAGAAGAAUAUCUAGGAAAACAAUCUAAAUAUUUGUAGUGUAAUUGUAUAAAUUUAUUGUUUUUCAUUUUUACCUCAAGUUACCAUUGCUUUAUUAUAUAUUUAAUAUAAUUGUUAUCAAUCACAAAAGUUAAGAACAGUUAAAACACUGUUUAAUUAAAAUUAUGUAUAAUGAUCUACAUUUCUAAAUUUUCAAAAUCUAAAGUUAACAAUCUAAUAUAUAAUAAUUUUUUGCUGUGGUUCUAAUAUUUAUUUUAAUUUUAACUAAAAUACUUUAAAAAUAUUUCUUUUGAUCUAUUAUACCUUUGAAUUACUUAAAGCAAUACAAAGCAUUAUAAUGAUAUACUAAUGAAAUUUUAGAGCUAUGAUUGAUUAAAAAGACAACUAUUGCUAAAUAAUCAAAAUAAUGUUUGUUCUUUAAAAAAAAUUCAUAACUCAUAUAUUUCAUAUAAAGAUUUCUUUAUUAAUAUAUAACAAAACAUUUUGCAAUUCAACUAAAUAUGUUUUUUUUUUUUUAAUUGAUAGUGUUAGUUCGUUUUUGUGUGUUGUUUUUAAUAUAUUUAAUUAAUUUAUUAAAUGUAGAAUUAUAUUAUAUUAUUUAUUUAUUAUAGUUCAAAGAAAAAUUAUCUUAGUGAAGUUAAAUUUAUUUUAUAAUUUAGAGCAAAUUAUUGAUGGAGUCUCUCAUGUAAUUUAAGAUAUCUUAUGUAAAUCUACUUAUUUUGUAAAAAAAGGUUGUAUCUUUCAAUUAUUAAUUAAAUGAAUAGGGUCAUUUAAAAUAUUCAGUAACAUUAUGGAAUUUGAAAUAAGUAAUACUUUUGAUGUUUUAAUAUUUCUACAGUUAAAUAAAAAUCAAAUAUCAACAUAUAUUACAUUUUUGUAUUUCUUAAACAUUAUCUUGUUAUAUUUAGAGCAAAUAAAUAUUAAAAAAAGAAACAAUUAAAAUAGAUAGUUAUUAGUACUGAGUGUUUUAGUCCCAUAAUUGUAUAUAUUUUACUUGAAUAAUAACUGUACAAAUGUAUAAAUUUAUAUUAAAUAAUAUUGUUUUACAGAUGUGUAAAUCUAUGUAAGUAAAUGGUAAAUAAUAAUAGUGAACUAUACAUAGAAUAAUUGUUUUGUUUUCUUUAUUUUGUUUAUUUUUUUUUAUUAUUACCAAAGAUAGUUGCUAAAUGCAAAAUUAGAUUCUAAGUAAAUCAAUUGUACAAAUAUAAUUACUACAUUUUAAAAGAUUAAGAAUGAUAUAGUUUUAUUAUAUUUUUCUUAAAAAAAAGACUUAACAUUUACUUAAAUAAUUUAUCUUUUAAAAAAAAUCCCUCGUCUUUCCAUUAUAUUACUUUAUAAUACAAUUUUUACAAAUAAUAAGCAUAUAUAUAACAUUUGUAUUAAUAAUUUUAAUGUAAUUUACAAAAAAUCAUUGUAUCAUUAACUUAAUUUGCUGUAUUUCCAUUUUUCGUAAAUAUUAACGUUUCACGUGAUAAUUUUUUGGUUGCUUUUGUUAAUGGGAUCGAUUGUAAUUUUUAUUUAUUAUAUUUCACUAGUCACUUCAAAUAAAUCAUCUAUUUCACCUUAUUUUAUAUUUGCUUUCUGUCUUGUAUAUCAUUAAUUUGAUUUAUAUAUUGACAAAUAACUUUUUUAACAAUGAAAUUUUUGUAAAUAAAUAUAAUAAUAAAAUAGGGAUUUUUUUUUAAUAUGUGUAAUUAAAUCUUAUUUGCUUCUGUAGAUAAGUAUUGUGAUAGAUAUAAGGAAUAAAAUGACUGUUAUAUUAUUGUCAAACCACGAGCUAAUUUUUAUUUUUUGUUUAUUGAUUGUCUUGAUUUUAAUACACUAAAUUAAAUUUUGAA